CGUCAUUCAAAGAAAGAGUCCAUCUCCGAAAUUUACUAUUGGUCUUAAAUCGUUAUUAUGUUUUCUUGCGUUGUCUGUAAAAAAUGUCGUGAUGGUCACCCGUCACACGAAAAGGACAGCAUCUGGGCCUGGAUGGUUUGCUUUGCCGCUGCCACGAAUUUGGCUUUCACCACUGGAUUGCUUUAUAGUUUUGGAGUGCUCUUGCCAGUGUUCAUGGAUCAUUUUAAAGAAAGCAGAGAACGUACAGCCUGGGUUGGUUCGCUUCCUAUCUCCCUGGUGCCGUUCUCUGCCUUAUUUGCAAGCUCCUUAGCCAACCGGUUUGGCUGCCGAGCGGUAUCUAUGACUGGAUGUGUGGCGUAUGCGCUCAGUUUACUGACAGCUUCAUUCGCUGAGAACUUGACCAUCUUGUACCUGGCCUUCAGUAUUAUCGGUAUUGGGGCAUGGUGUGCACUUGUAUCAGGUUUAGUAAUGGUUCGGAAAUGUUUUGACAGACGUGGAGCGCUUGCUCUUGGAAUCGGUUCAACGGGGCAGGGCUUGGGAACAAUGGUUCUCAGUCAAGUUCUUCAAUCUCUUACUGACGCUGUUGGCUGGAGAAGUGCAUUACGGAUCAUGGCAGGUGCUUUAGUUUUGAACGCGUUACUUGCUUUGUUGUUUGAUUCUGAAAUGGACACAGAAAAUUCUGACAGCAGUGAACAGCUUUCAAGUGAAGAAGAUGGACAGAGGCCGAGAGAGUCCAAACGCUUCACAUUCCAUUGCUCCGUGUGGAAAGUCCCUAGUGUUAUUGUGCUUACAGUCACAGCAGCGUUUUUCAUGUUUGGUCGAUCUAUAAUCUAUGUGCUUCUGGUGAAGUAUUCCGUAGAUCGUGGGAUGUCUUCUGCUGCGUCAUCAAGACUCAUUCUUUUUAUGGGAAUCAAUAUUGUUCUUGGCCGAUUUGUGUGUGGCUUUCUGUGCUCCAUCGAACGAUUGGAUAACUGGUUUAUCUUACAAGGCAUGGCAAUCACAAACGGGGUCUCGACAGUACUCCUUGUCUUGGCAAAGAACUACGAGUGGUUAGUCGCAUAUUCCCUUAUAUUCGGGUUUUGCGAAGGGGCGAUGGCUGCGGCGGUGAAUAUUAUAGCUUUGACAAGCGUAGAGCCUUCUAAAGCAGGAUCAGCGUUUGGUAACGUUUUGUUGACGACGUCUUUCGUGACAUUGGUUGGACCUCCGCUGUCAGGUUUUGCCGUCGACAAACUUGGCACAUAUGAGCCUGCAUUCUUCAUGGCUGGUGGUGCCCUUAUCGCAGCUUCGUUAACUCCAUGGGUGCUGGGCUGUUUUAGAGACAGGAAAACUGAAAAGAUUGAAAUAUCUCUUGAGGACUAUGUAAUUAAAAACGAUACUUAGUACACGAGGGAGGAUAGCAGCUAUCACGAACCUGGCUUGGAGGAGAGAACAUCAGUUUCCGCUGUCGGUCAUGAAUUGCUCGUUCAGACAAAGAGAUUACAAACAACCGCCUUUUCAAAAGGGCGCUGGAUCUGCUGUAAUGGGUUGGCAGUCCACUCAAUCUUACAAUCGGAAAUUCCACAAAUUGUGAAUUUCAGUUGAUGUUAGUUGGAAUGAUGUCGAAUUAAAUCGAAAACCAAAGCUAAGUCGCUUCAAGCGAACGUUAAUUCAAUUUUUGCCCCUAUAAAAAGUAUUUACAAUAAUACUCAUGAAAGAGUGUAGAUAUUUCCCAAGGUUUCAUCCAAGGCGUGAAGGCGCCAACUUCAUGUCCUCGCUGGGAAACAGGAGAAAAGCAUCAGUUGUUCCUUCUGAUCACCGCACGAGUCCUUUGACCUUUGAGCAGAGAGAUUAGUAUCUAAUUUCUCCAUACUAUAUCAGCCAUGAAUCACGCAAUACGGUCAUGAGAAUAAGGGAAAUGAUCACCAACUAAAAAGGCUCUCGAUCUGAGUGUGCACAUCUUCUGUUGGACGCUAACCAAGAUUGUCAAGAUAUUGUACCUAGAGUGAGUUUUGUUCUUCAAUUAGUUACACUCAUGCACUCUGCGCAAGUCUUCGAACAGUUGACUACUUCAAGACUGCAUGAGUAUGUCUCACAAACGCAUAAAAAGCCUCAAUAAUGUCUAAAUAUGGAGGGCACCUAAAGUCAUACCUCCGUGGUCCCUGCAGUUGGGAUGUCUAUUGCUUCCUCUACUCUACUAGUAUGCUAGGGGCUUUCAAGUCAGCCAACUGGGAAACGGAACUUUAACCUUGCAGCCGAGCCGUCACUUUUUGUUUUGACGCACCAAUAAUUGAGGAGACGACAAGCCACAAACAACCCUGGUGAAUCACUUUUUUCCCAGAAGAAGCAGAAGAGGAGAAGAAGGAUGAGGAGAGAGAAAAAGGAAUGAAAGCCAAAGAUAAUGGAAAGAGUACAUGGAUUAGUGAGCUUGAAAAUAACUGCAUUCAAAUUAACAGAGAAGUAUCAGAUUCAAAACUUGAAAGGGGCAACAGACAAAAGAACUGAAACUUUUGCUUUUAGAGCUUAAAUUGUAGAUAACUGUAAACACAUGAGGUUCAGGCAUAUAGAAUAUAAGAUUACCUAAAAUGGAGUAUUGGACUGCACAUUUAACAAAGGUAAGCUUACAAGCACAUCUGACAAAGAAAUUAAAAUUUUUGCUUUCAUUGC